GGGUUGCUUUUUGUGGAUUAGCGUGGGUCUACUUUGCGGCGGGCCUUAAUGGUUAAUUUUUCUCUGUCACUCUGUGUGUGUGAUCGUCUUUGAAGCCGUAAAACUGAAUGAGACAGUGCGCAUUAAUUCAUUUAAUUACUAAGGCCUGGCUGCACAAGAGCCUCAAAUUUUAAUUAUUUUUAAUUCCACAAGAAUCAAUCAGAGGUAAGCUUUUUUCUGGGAGGACGGCUUUUCUGAUUGGUUCUCAUGGAUUAACAGUUAACAAACUUUUGCGCAACCGGGCAUAUGAAUAUCAAACACAUGUGAUGUGAUUUCAAAAUAAUCACAUCUAUAUCAUCGGUUUGAAGUUAUUUACAACCUGUUGAGUGUAGCGUAUGACUCAUCUAAUUACUUUAUGAUUAUUUACGUAUUUAGAAGCUAGAACACUUGAAAAGAACUGGAAUAAAACAUUGACAAGAAAAAUAUAAAAAAUGAGUUUACAACCAGAGGAACAACUAAACGAGGGAGAAGAUGUAGAUCAAGAUGUCAUUGGGAAGUAUGAAGGGAUGCGAAAUCAAGACAAUCAGAGACACGGUCUGGGGUGCGCUCUGCUGCCCAAUGGAGACAUGUACGACGGCCAGUACAAAUUUGGAAAGCGGCAUGGCAGAGGAAUCUAUAUUUUUCGAAACGGAGCCCGCUAUCACGGCACUUAUCGCCAGGGCAUGAAGCAUGGCAUUGGCAAAUUUAUUUACCCCGAUGGGUCAACUUAUGAAGGUGAAUGGAAGAAGGACGACAAGCACGGCUAUGGUUUGUACAAGUACCCCAAUGGUGACUACUAUGAAGGUUCCUGGUACAAGGGUAAACGACACGGUCACGGCUCCUAUUUUCACAAGAAAGAUGGCGUCAAAUACAGCGGGUAUUGGGUGGAGGGCAAGCGGCAGGGAACUGCGCAAGUCCACUAUGCUAAGUUCCGUCAUCAUGGCACUUGGAAGGAUAAUCGGCCCAUAGGUGAAGGCUGCUUCACGUUUGACACGAAAGCCAUCCAGCUAGGUCACCACCUCUACAUCGACGAAAAACACAAGAACUUUGUCUCCGACGAAGACGGAUGGCCGGCAGAUAAUGAUGAGGAAGAAGGAAAGGAAGAAGCGAGAGAAAAAGUCAAGGAAGAAGCUACAAAAGAUCGAAAGAGAGAUGGAGAGAAAGGUGAUGAUGUAGAAGGAGAAGAGGGAGCUGAAGAAGAAGAAGAUACAGCGGACAAACAGAAAACUCUCUUCUGGAUACCGGAGGAGUACAUAGCGUUCAGCGCCGAUAAGAUACCUGCCGAGACUUUGGUUCCUCCCAAGACACCGUCAGAUGACAUCCCAGCAGGUGAAGCCGGGUUUGACGAUGACAGCGAUGAAGUGUCCAAUGUGGAUUUGUUGCCGGGUGAUGAUGACGACGACUUUGACUAUGGGGGAUAUGACAUUCCUGAGUAUCUAAACUAUUUCUUGGAUGAGAAGCUGAGAGCGCAGAUCGAGUUCAACAGGGAGAGCACUGAUGUCUAUGAUGAGACGAAGGGACGCCAAGGCUCGAAACAGCUGUCUGAGUUGGAUAAGAUGCGCAAUAUUAUUUGCGGCAAUGACGAAUUACAAGAUACUGAAGAAGAUGUAAAUCAAUAUGAAUCAAGAAAGUCAAGAGAAUCGAAAAGAGCGAGUAUUAAUACAUAAUAAAUGAAAAUAAUAUUAUUCCUAUAAAAGUUAUAAAACUCUAAAAUGAUUAUAAUUGUUGUUUUUUUUCUGUUUUGUUCAACAUGUUUUUGGAAUAAAUUGAUAUAUAUAUUAUAUUAUGAUCAUAAAUAUUUUCAAUUUUUUCAA